UAAUGUAAGAAAAUUUUCGUAAAUUGUAUUUAUUAUAACAAUUUCAUGCUGUAAAAUUCAACAUUGCAGACAUCUUCAUUUAGAAUUACAUAAAAUAUCCCGAGAAAUAAACUCAAUAUUUGGAACAGAAAUGACUUUUAAAAUGGCAUAUUCUUUUUGUUGGAUAGUGAUUGAUUUACGAAUAAUGUUUUCCGCAAUAUUUAUCGACAAUUAUGUAAACUCUAAUAAAAUAGUAUGUAUUGCCAUAUAUUUAAUUUGGUUUUCUCAUAACGUUUGCAAAUUUCUGCUGAUUAAUUAUGUGUGCGAAAUAGUCACCACUAAGGCACAAACCACACGAGAUUUAAUAAAUAAAUUAUCAUAUUCCACUUGUGAUGUUGAAGUUCGUGAAAUCAUUUCACAAUUUUCAUUGCAAAUGAAUUAUGUGCCACUUAGAUUCUGUGGAAUCGGAUUUUUCCAAUUUGGCUUCAAAUUUCUUCAUAAGUUUGUCAUGUCCAUCGCAACCGUUUUAGUUAUAGUACUACAAGCAAAUACAAAUAAGUAAACAAAUUUAUUAUACUAGAAUUUAACUUAGCAUCGUAAUAUCUCCGCUUGUAAGACGUAGAAGAAAACAUUUUCAUUAUACAUAUAAUGAAUUUCAAUGUGAACUAUAUCGAUUCAGCCUACUAAAACUUGAUUAUUUCAGCCUUUAGUAAGAUCUAAUAAUC